AAAUACUUGUUACGUGACCAUUGGGUGGUAGUUUUCUUUCUCUUUCCAAUUGAAAAGAUGAAAGGUGUAUAUUUUAAAAUCCGAAAUUUAUGGUCCUAAGUUCAAAAUAAAUAAGAAUUAGAAAAAUUGACUUUAUAUGAUGAAGUUGACUAAUGAGGAUAAGGACGAUUUGCUGAAAUAUGCUAGGUACUUUGCUCUAAAAGCAGCACAGAUUAUUGUUUCCUCUCGACAAAAAGAAAAAAAAUCUACACCAUGUAGGCAGAAAUCUGAUUGGUUUAAUUUAAAUAUUGCUGCAAUAAAUGAGUCAGAUGCAAAUGUCAUCAGACGAACAGUUACAAACAGAUUUUUUCGAGGGGUACCUGUUUGUGUGGAAAUUUAUGCUGAAUCCUCUGAUGGUGAACUCUUGGUUGAAACAUGGUGUAUUCGUCUAUCCCCUGAAUAUUCAGAUCCCAAUCCCAAAAUAACCACAUUCAAUGUGUACAAUCAAAUAGGAAUUCUACUGAAGUCCUUACUAUCAGUGACGAGAAUAAUUCCUGCAUUCAGGCUUUCUUUAAUGACAAAGGAAACAUGCGAUAUGCAUUAUCGAAUGUAUGAAGAGGAGCCAGAUUUUGGAGGAUUGGGGGAUGACUGUAAACAAAUUACAAUUGGACGAAUCUUUACACCCAUUGGCACUUUACAAAUAACAGUAGACUAUAAGCCCAAAAUAAUAAUUACACAAACAAGCAAACCAUCUGUAGAAGAAAGCUCUAUGAUAUAUGAGAGCAAUUAUUUCAGUGCUGAUUCAGAACCAAAAUCUAAAUUCACCAAAAAUUAUCAAGGAGACGAUAAACCCCUAAGGUAUACCAUACCUUUUGCUGGAGACUACUUUCCUGCUCCAACGAAAAAAACAAUACCAGCUCUAAGACCAGGUGGAAUCCCUUGGUAUCCCAAGAGCUAUCAUGAAAAAAUUCUAGGAGAAGAAAAACCAAAUUGUAUUAGUUGUGCGGACGAGAAUACCACUCAAGAGACAAAUCUAUCACAAAAAUUGAACAAGACUGAAAGUAGUAGUCCAUCAGAUUCUUUGGUAAUAAGAGAAAUGGAGCCUAAAGGAACACGAGAACUGUCUUCUUCAGGAAAAUCCCUUUCUAGUGAAUAUAUGAUAAACGUUAUGUCCAAAUAUAGAGCGAAACCUGUUCCUAAAUCAAUGUGUUAUCCAUUUGCGAAUGAGACCCCUGAGAGUGAAAUUUCGCAUUUCUACAGAGAAUGUUCCAAUCCUCCAUUAUUAACUUGCUGGAAACAAUCGUCUUCAGUCAAAGAUAUAGAUAUAACAGAACAGCUCAAUGCCUUCGAAGAAAAAAUAAAGGAAUUUGACGACUUAGUGAAAAGUUUGUCUGCAAGUCCUGAUAGUGAUAACUGAUUUGACUGAAUUUUUCUGCUUAUUGAGUUAAUUUGAAAUUUUAAAGUUUUAUAAAGCUGUUUUACUACAACGCUAUGAAUCAAACAAUUUCUAAUUUUGAUUACACCAUUCCACCCUGAAUUUUCCUUUCAAUUAUGGCAAUGUAUGAUGCUAUGUAUGAAUUUAUCAAAUAAAUUUACAAUUGUUGUAUAUUUUAA